AUGUUCACGUGGAUCUGGAAUAAAUGGUGCAUGCAAAGUCCUUUGCCUAAACGAAAAAUUGAUUCCCAUCGUAGUGUGCGUAGGAUUGCACAAGCUUGUUUGUGGACAGACACGCGCAGCAACGACGACACUGGCAUUUGGCCGUCAGGAAAAUAUUCGAAACAAAAAAAGGGCUGGAGAAUCAGAUGGGAAUUCCGCUGACUGCUUCUUGCCCGAUCCAGAACUGAGAGCGAAGAACCACUUUAUCGUAGGAGAGUGAGUGUCGGUUCGGAACACAUCUCUGUGCGUCGCCGUCCGAAAUGCGAGAACUUAUAUUUUAUAUGUCCUGCGUUCCAUUCUGUUGAACAUCUCCAGUUUGUUGUACCUCAAACAGUUAAACGAGAAGUCGAUUCGUCCGUUGGAGUGAUAUCUACAUAGAGAAUCUUUGCCUGCAGAACCAUUCUGCACCCUUUACAAUCUGCUGUGUGUGAAGUAAUCCCUAGCAAAGUGUAAAGAAAACUAGCAAGUGCGAACAUGGAUGCUUUUAUGGAUAGCUCUGAUAACAAUGCUCCAUCGCUGAUUCCGAAGGACCUGGGCGAGCUGCCAAAAGAGCAGCUAUUUAAUGCGGAUUUUAUUUCGGACCACUCCCGUUUUCCGGCCAGUGAGGAAAAGUCUGAUAUUUCUCAAAAAUUUUCCACAGAAGCAGAUCUGCUGGGUGACACUUUUACAAUGUCCUCGACCGCAUCGGCUGGUCCGCCAUCCGACGUCAAAAUAUCUGAAAAGGAUAAUUUUGACGACUUCCUUCUACUAACCCAGGAGAACAAAGCUCCCCAGCAACAAGCCUCAGCAUCUUCCGGCAGCAAUCUUAUCGAUAUCAGUGCUGGGUCGGACAUUUUUGAACAAAAGUUCACCACGACCAAUAACGAAACUGCUGAUUUGCAAAUGUUCUCCGACCCCAUCUCUGCUUCCACGGAGGAAAUCGGCGGUUCGGAUGAUUUUUUCAAGCGAAAGAACGAAAUGGAAAGUGACUACAUGAACCCGUAUGCCGAGGUUCGAUCGAAUCCGAAACCAACGACGGAACAACCCCCAGUUGACAACACCAACGAUGAUAUCUUUUCUGACUUUUCCACCAAUAUAAAGGCCCCAGCUGUACCCCAAGGUAUGCAGUUCGACGAACCAUCCAUGUUCGAUCAACCGGAAUCAUUGAAAUCAGCUGUUCCGGAGCCGAAACCUGCUCCUCCAGUAGCCAAACCGGAACCGGUGGCCCCGAUUCCGGAGGUCAAACCGGUCGAGAAGCCUAAAGUGGCACCGCCAGCUGUUCCCGCACCAGCAGCACCUGCACCUGUCACCAAACCAGCGGCUGUUCCGUUCGCCAAACCGUCAUCAUCAUCAUCACCAUCUUCGGACGAACACUGUAUACAGGCUGAGAAAAUUUUCAAACAAUUUGGCUUAGAUGCUUGGUUCAAGCCGGAAAAAUUGCACCCGAGAGUGGAAUCCCUGAUCUACUGGCGCGAUGUGAAGAAAUCGGGCAUCGUGUUCGGCAGCGGCUUCUCGGUCCUGAUCGCCAUGUCACUGUUCUCGCUGAUCAGCGUCUUCUCGUACGUGUCACUGAUCGUCCUGUUCGGUACCGUCUCGUUCCGGAUCUACAAGAACGUGAUGCAAGCCGUACAGAAGACCUCCGAGGGUCACCCGUUCAAGGAAUACUUGGACUUUGAUCUGAACCUGUCCCAGGAGAAGGUCCAGCAGCUGACGACUGUGGCCGUGGCACACGUGAACGCCCUGCUGUCGGAACUGCGCCGGCUAUUCCUGGUCGAGGAUCUGGUCGAUUCGAUCAAGUUUGGCGUCGUGUUGUACUGCUUGACCUAUGUUGGUGCCAUCUUCAAUGGAAUGACUUGCGUUAUUAUUGCAUUCAUCGCACUAUUCACCUUGCCCAAGGUUUACGAAAACAACAAGCAGUCGAUCGAUGCCUACUUGGAUUUGGUCAAGAGCAAAAUUGUCGAAGUUACCGAAAAGGUCAAAGCGGCCGUUCCCAUCGGAGGCAAGAAAGCCGACUCGGAUAAGGAUAAAUAAGAUGAUGUUUGAAGAUGGGCGUAGUUUGUAUUGUAUAAAAUAUCCUUUUGUUUUAUUUUAUUAAUUUAUUCAAACUGGAUAAUUAAAACUGAGAGACAUGUGCAAAAAAAUGCAACUAAGCUACAAUGACGAAUUAAAUCGAAUGUUUUUUCUUUCAUUUUUUUUUAUAAUUACCGGUGAACAAAUCUCCGAUUUGCGAUGUAAACACGUUUUUUUAGAUACUGAUUGAAAAAAAAAACCAAAACAAAAAGAAAACCAAUAUAAA